AUGAAUAUGAAGGAGUCCGAGACUAUUGAUGAUUAUGCAGCAAGAUUGACAGGAGUUGUUAAUAAAAUACGUACAUUUGGAGACAAGUUUGAAGAGGCAUGCUUGGUGAAAAAAUUUCUCCAUUCAGUACCUUCUAAGUUUCUUCAUAUCGCAUCGGCAAUAGAGCAAUUUGUCGAUUUAAAGGUGAUGACCAUGGAGGAAGUCAUCGGCCGUCUUAAAGCAUACGAGGAACGGAUCGGUGGCAACAAAGAGAAUGCUGAGCAUGUCUUAUUUACAAAAGGAGAAUGGAAAGCAAAAGAACUUAAAGGCAAAGGUGAAAUUUCAACGUUCGAGAAAAAACGUAGCGAAAAUGGAGGCCAUAGCCGAGGGCGAGGUCGCAGUGGUCGCUGGAGAGGGAGAGGUCAUGGGCGUGGAAAUGACUCAUUACAUAAGGAGAAGAAGCGUGACAAGAGCAAGGUAAAAGGCUACAAUUGUCAAGGCCUAGGCCACUAUGCCUCAGAAUGUCGGAAGGUGAAAUGUUAUAAUUGUCAAAAGAUUGGCCAUUAUGUAUUCCACUGUAGAUCGAAAAAAAGGGAGGAUCAGGCGCACUUGACUGAGAUGCAAGGUGAUGAGGAUGAGUCAGUCUUACUUACAGCACAAGUUUGUGAAGUCUGA